ACCUGCCGAGCACUUCUUUUCUGUCAGCCUUGGCCCACUACAUACUACACACAACCAUGUGGCUGGCCAUUCUGCUUGCCCUCUGCUGCCUAACUUCCAACAUCCAUGGGGCACACUCCCCAGAUUUUUGCUCCAAAGUCUUGAACUCCAUUGUGAAGCCAGGAUUCCCCAAAACAAUAAAGACCAAUAACCCAGGAGUGCUUAAGGCAGCCAGGCACAGUGUGGAAAAGUUCAACAACUGCACAAAUGACAUCUUCUUGUUCAAAGAGUCCCAUGUCAGCAAAGCCCUGGUACAGGUCGUGAAAGGCCUGAAAUAUAUGCUGGAGGUGGAAAUCGGCAGAACCACAUGCAGGAAGACCGUGCAUCCUCAUCUGGACAACUGUGACUUCCAAACCAACCCUGCCUUGAAGCAGAUUCUACACUGCUACUCUGAAGUCUGGGUCAUCCCCUGGCUCCACAGUUUCGAGGUGCCUGUUCUCCGCUGCCACUGACUUCUGCUUCUUCAGCAAGACCUCGGCUGUGAUAAAUAUAUACUCAUGUGCUCUCCACUCCUUACUUUCCACCCCAGCCUGGCCGUCUCAGAUCCUCAGGGGCCUCUUACCAGUGACCAGACAGAAGCGCCAGUGGGUCAUGAGGUGGCUGGAAUAGGAGAAUAUGGUGCCCUCCUGGCCAAAUUAAUGGUCUUCAUAUUUUCUUCUAAAAUUAAUUCUUCUGGUGCUGCACACCUUGAUUCAGGAUGUGGGCACAGAGAGCGCCCUUUGAUGGCAUUACUAGA